AGAAAAUGAUGCGUCAUUUUGUUGCAUUUUCGCUACUGUUAUUCGUUUUGGAAAUCUCAGUCGGGGCGAGCAAGAACGAUUUAAGUCUUUGCUUCGUCCAUACUCCUCGUACAUGCAAAGCACACUGCUUGGAUAGUAACUGCCAAAACGGACGCUGCAAAAUCGUAGAACUACAAGGAACACAUAUGGCCGAAUUGCGAUGUGUCUGUGAGGGUUGUCCCGGUGAUCAACAAAAGAAGGAACAGCUUCAUUGAACAGAUGCACGUCUUUUGAGCUUUUUGCGCAAAACACC